CUAGAGAUGGCAUGUGACUCUAACGGGCACUUCUUAUUCGUUAGUGUGAUUAGUAGCAAAUCCAAGAUGGCUUCACACUAACCCUUUCUCUAUGAUAUCAAUCUGAUUUUACUGUAUUGUGAAUAAUCUUCUGGCCAAAAUGUCGACACGAUCGGCCAGAACAACUCGUUUGAAAACAAGAAAUCUCAGGAAAAAGGUUCAAUCAAAGUCAACGGGUUCAAAGUAUAGGAACACAGGUGCGUAUAUCUGUAAUAACUCAAAUAUUAAAUGACUAAAAAACAAAACCUUUCUCUGAAACUGAAUGGCGAGCCUUUAUUAUUAAGUUUAUUUAGUCUUACUAUUCUUCCCUGUCUUUUAAGUACAAGCUUAGAAUGUUUGUUAGUGAUAUAUAAUCCAUUGGUACUAACUCAAUGGAUGUAAUAUAAUCAUAAAUCAACUUUUUGAAGGAGUGAAUGUACUAAGUCUAGAACUAGAAGAGCCAUUGUGAGUGUAACACUAUUAUUAUUAUAUUAUUAUUAUUCUAUACUAUACUCUAUACUACUCUUAUAGACACUUACAGUAUAGAUUAGCACUAGAAACCUAAUAGUAAUACUAUAAUAGUAAAGUUACCAGGAAAACUUUUUAUUUGGCUACGGCUAUUGGUAGUUGACUGGUAGCUAAAUUUAAUGAAACAAAUGAAUACAUUAUAAUUAUAAUACAUGUAUAUUGUAUGAAAUUAUUGCUAAUGUUAAGGAUGGCUGCCACUGGGUCUUUUGGGUGUUUAAAUAAAUUAGGGUUUAGCUUAGGUUGAGGGAUCGAUUUAGGGUUCAGGUUAGGCAUAGGUAGAUACUUCGAUAAAACAAGGGAGACUACUACUUUUUUUGUAUCGGAAAUGGGCGUCGGCGCCGAAAAAUCUGAGUUUUUAAUUUUCCGAUGUGUGUGUCUAUUUAUUAUUAAAUCAGUUCUUUGGACAUAUAUUUGAGUUCCGUUUCCGGCCUUAUAAUUUGGAAGACAUCUUGGCCUACAUUUCCAUCCAACUAUUUUGCUUUUUCAAUCGACCUUUAUUUUGGAAAUCUUUGGUAUAUAUAAGGCAUCUUCGCAUGCAAAAUUUUUUGUGAAAUAUAAAAUACAGGUCUUUCAUAUUAAAUCGUGUAAGGCAUCAGAUAUUGAUAUAUAUCUGUGCCAAUUCUCAUUGAUGUAGGUCGUGUCCCACGUUCGCUACGCUUCUCCCAGUGACCCAUAUCACCAUAAGGGGGCUCCGCCUUAUUUCGACAUGGUGUGGGCCACGCCCCCUUUUUAAUGGCGGAAGUUGCCGAUACUUAAGAAAUAUUUAAUUAUUACCACUAUAUACAUCAAAAUAUUUGAUAACUUGUGUUUCAGAAUGCAUUUUGAAGACAUUUAAACUAAAGUUGCCGAUACUUAAGAAAUAUUUAAUUAUUACCACUAUAUACAUCAAAAUAUUUGAUAACUUGUGUUUCAGAAUGCAUUUUGAAGACAUUUAAACUGGAAUGUUUUAAUUUGAGCUUUAAAAACUCUGUAGAGUCCAUAUUAUAAAUGAUCAGAAAUUUCCGUGUGCAACACGUUGUCAUUGGCAACCAUUCACAGCCACUUGCAUAACGGCUAUAUCGUAGUACUAUCUCAGAGUUUCAUUUAUAAGUGUUUGCCGUGUGCAAAAACUAUUAAACCAUUGGUCAGGGAAAGCUUUAAUUAAUUAUUCAUGUGCCAAAGUUGAAAGUUUAAAAUAAAUCGACCCUAAACAGUAUUUUAGUGAUAAGGGAAUGCCUUAGCCUUAUAUAAACUAUAUAGUCAUUGCGCAUGACGCGAUCGGCGGAAUGAGGUCACAGAAUGUGGAGAUGCAGUCCAUGUUAAAAAAGGACAAACCAAGUCGUACUUUAAAAAUUCAUAACUUUAAAACUACAACAGCUAAAAAUAUGAUUUUGGUGUUAUAAUUCUGUUUAAAAUUAGCUCUAUUCAACUGUGCCAUUGGUUUAUUUUUUAAAAAAUGUUUACUUUUUUGACCAAAGUAUCUAGGCAUAGGGAUCUAUUUAGGGUUCAGGUUAGGCAUAGGGAUCGAUCUAGGGAUACAUUCGUGAAAUUCGAUAAAAUAGUGGCAGUCGUCCUUAACAUUUACCUAUGAAAUUAAUAUUAUACUUAAACUGUAUAAUAAUAUAUCUAUAAAUCUAUUUUAAAAAAUGCGCUUUUUAACAAUAAAUAAAUUGUAAAAAUCAAUAAAUAAAGAUAGUUAGAUAGGCUUACCUUUUUAGAACUCUUUUUUAUAAAGACAGCAUUUUGAAGCUCUUCUAAGGCUUUGAUGGCUAUUUCCAAAUCUUUGAAUGUAUCAAAAUGGCAAUUUGCAGCUAAAACACUUUCAGGAUUCAUUUCUAGGCAGGUGUUGUCACUAGUACGAACUAGUAAAAAAUGAACGAGCCAUUGCUUCACCCUCGUCAUAGAAAGCGGGUUUUUAAAGUUCCGGUUUUGGUUUGAUUUGAUUGGCUGGACUACCAAUAGCUCUCUAGUAGCUAUUGGUAGUUCACUACCAAUAGUUUCUAAGCAGCUAUUGGUAGUGAACUACCAAUAGACACUUCCUUUUAUUUCACUAUCCUAUUUCUUCUUCUUGCAUGAGACAUUUUGUAAUUUAGAUUUAGAGGAAUGCAAAUGGCAAAUGUUUUAAAAUUCGCAUCAAAUCAUCAUAUUAUAUAAAUAUAACAUUGGGCUCUUAGGGACUUUUAAAAUAUAUUAAAAGCUAAGAAUGACGUUGUUUUAGUUAUAGUUGUCCAAUUAAGUUGUUCAUAUUAUUAUACCACUAAAGACUGAAAUUGAUUAAACUAAAAAUGUGUAGCCUAUAACUAUAUUGGCCAUAACAUAACUUAUGUUAUGGCCAAUAUAGUUAUAGGCUACACAUUUUCAUAAGUAAUAUAAGAUUAAGUUGAGAGUAAGACUAAUUGGUUUGAGUUUGAACUGUGAUAUAAUAUAGUCCUAAAACUAAAGAAGUCAAGUUGCCAUCCAUAAAUUAACAAGACACACUAAAUUGCCCAUCCCCCCCCCCCCCCAAUCAAAUCAAAAAUGUAAAAAUUUAUUCAUAUUUAAAUUUCAAAAAAUAUGUUGUGCAAUGAAUGAUUUUUGGAGUGCAGCAAAAAAAAAAACUAACUAACUAAGAGAACAACUGAAACUGUAAUUUCACACUCUAAAGUUUAGUUAAGGUUAAAGUUAGGCUAUAUUUUCCGACUGAAUAUGUUUUUCUAAAAGUCAGCAUAAAGAUUCUAUCUUAAAGUCUUCCAUUAAUAGCAUUCUUGCAGCUAAAUUAUACUUUUAUUUUUACAAAAACAUACAAAUAAAAUAAUUAAGCAAUGAUGUUAUAAUUGAUUAAAAUUGUUUUUUCUCAGAAUUUUUUGCAACUGAUGCUGGGUGUUCUGGUGAAGAAUCAAGCAAUAGAUACUACUUAAGGCGGAGAAGGUCACACAGCACUGAUGGAAUACCAAGUACAUCAUUCUCAUGCAGUGAUUCUUCACAGCAACCGCAGAAAAAAAGAAAAAAGGCAAAUGCAAACCCUGCUUUGCAACCUCAAGGUUAGUAAUAUAAUUUUCAAAUCACUUACAAUCCAUGAUAAAUUUUUAAAAAUGAUACAUUUCAGAAUAUUUUAUUGGUAUUUUUAUUUUGAUUUUACUAAAUGUCUGAAUAAUUUUUGUUGUGAAUCUCAAAUUGCAGGACGUGUUGCUGCUCGAUAUCUUCAACAUGAAUUACCUGAUGAGGUGAUGUUUUACAUUUUUUCCUUCCUAAAAGAGCUUGAUUUAUGUAAUGCUGCUCAAGUCUGUCGAAGAUUUCGGGCAAUCACAAAUGAUCAUGAAUUGUGGUAAGUUGGAAGAACCAAAAUAUUAGUAAAUGCAAAAUUAUAUAAUUUGUAAUAACUCGUCAUUAAAUCUAAUUAUGUAUGCUACAUUGAUUGAAAUUUUUUUUAUAUUGUUUAAGUAGUAAGAAGGCUAUGGUAUGUAAUGUUAUUUUUAAAAUGUUAUGACUGUUGAUAUUACGGCAAAAGAGACUUAAAUAAAGAUUCAAAAUUCCCUCUUGUAAAUCUUUUUUUUAUUUAUUUAGUUUUUAAUUUUUAAUAUUUUUUAAAAUUGUGAUAUUUUACCUCCACAGGAAAGUGCUUUAUGUGGAAGUAUUUGAAUAUGAGUCCCCUCUAAUGAACCCAGAGCCUCGGGUUUUUCAAUUUGUAUCUCCCGAUGAUCCAAAUUAUGACAAUCCAUGGAAGGAGAGCUUUAAACAAUUGGUAGGUGGUUGGUUUUUUUACUAGCAUUGUAAAUUUCUUAGCAGAGUUAUUUUUCAACAACAUAAAUUAUCUCUUCUUUUAUAUUAAAAAAAAAGGAUAGUCACAUUUAAUUAGUAAAAGCCAUCAUGUUGUUUUAGCAACUAUGUCAACUAUAACAAGUUUUAAAUUUCCAGAAUAGAAUCAGACGUUGCGAUAAUUAUAAAAUGUUUCUUAACCUAGUUGCAAAGAGUUAAAUGAAAUUGUGCAAAUGUGUGUUUUCACCCUCUUGUUUUUUUACCUAAUUCACUAAAUAAGGAGGGUUAUAAUGACAUAAUGUGUCACUGCCCAGUAUAUUCAUGGAACUAAGUAUUUACCUAAAUAAAUUCUGACUUUCAAGACCUGACCAAUAGAGAUUUGUUCCAAUAGGGCAUUCUUUGAAUCCUCAAUUGUAUUUUCCUAUGCACAAGCGUCUGCGAGAAAAAGGUAUUGUCCAUAUUGUGAGGACAGUUUUCACCCUCCAGUCAAACAAUGUUUACUCAAGCACAAUAAUUUAGUUUUCUUUGCUUUAUGAACAUGUCUCUAUAUACAAUUCAUGCCUUUAUAAUAGUUUGUAACUGGAUUCAGAGAUAUCACAGUCAUUUUGUCUCCUUUUUUCAAAUAAGCGUUCAAACAUGAGUUAACAUUUUUUCUUGUUCUGUAUACCAUGAGAUAGAAUGACAGUUUAUUUCAUUUUUUUUCUGUUUGGUGUAAUAAGCUAUAGAAGCAUUUAAGUGUUAAUUAUGAUCUAAGCACAAAGUUACUAUUGAAAUUUUAUAAUUUUAUAUGAUAUAUAUUUUAAUUUGCUUUGUACAGUACCGAGGAAUACAUGUCUCAAGACACAAUAUUCCAUUGUGUGAAACAAAUAAAGGCAAACGCAUGAAGGGCAGAAAUAUUAUUGUAAGUAAAAUUCAUUUAGCUGUUUACUGAAAACACAGUUAAAUAUCAAGUACUAACCUAAAUCCAACCUUACAAUAAUAUAAAGAAAACUUGCUGGUUAUUCUGUUGAUCAUUACAAGCAGUUUUUCAUGUUUACAUUGCCAUUUAGCAGUUUUUUUACUUGUUGUUUCAUCAAAAGUCAAACAUUUUGUCCUUUUUAAAAGGGAUUUUUCCUUUGAAUUUUCAACCUGUAUAAAUAUAUUUUUAAUUGCUCUGUGAGACUUUAAUUUUCUGUGGUAUUAAAAUUUUUUAAAUGGAAUAUUGAUAUUGAAUUUACAAAUAAAUUAUAAAAUUUUAAAAUUGAAUAUUCCUCUGCUUAACAUUUUUAUUUUAACAGAAAUUUGACACCAUUGAGUCAGCAUACAACUUUGCUGAUACAGAAGAAUUAGAGGAUGCUCUUAUAUUUAUGCACUCUGGUGUUUAUCAUGGGGAGUUUCUUUUAAUAGAUUCUCCAGUAUCUUUAAUUGGGGCAGGUAUGUGACAAAUCUUCCUUUAAUAUACUUAAUAUUUCACACACAGUUAAUUAUUUAAAGAUUAUUUUGAUUGAAGUUGUACUUAUCUUGUUUAAACCCAUUUACUCAAUUUAGAUAAAACAUAGAUUGUGUUUUCAAUACGAAUUUUCAGCUUUAAAUGCUUUUUAUUAUCUACCCAGCUCCUGGAAAUGUGAUGGACCAUGUGGUCAUUGAGAGAGAAACAGAAUCAACUAUUAUGUUCGUUGAAGGUUGCAAAAAAGCAUAUUUAGGAUAUGUAACAUUAAAAGUAAGGACAGUUUAGUUAUCAUGCUAUUGUUAGGUGAAUUGUUUAAUUAAAAUUUUUGCUGGUACAUUUUUAAUUAAAAAAAACUACAAAAUUUGAUUAUUCAGUUGUUUAAAAAUAUUCUCAGUUUUGAAAUUAUUUGAAAAGUUUAUUUUAACUUAAUCCCACUUCUGCCAAAACAUUUUGCUGUGAAAGCAGCUCUAUUUAUUAUGUUGGCCAUAGUUUUUUUACUUUCCUUAUUACUAGAAUAAACUUUUUUUUUUAUAUAAUGAUUUGUGCUAUCCUUGAAGCAGUUUGGAUGGAACCAGGUGCUGUAAUUGAAUUUGUUAUUGAACUUCAGAGUAAGUUAUUCUUUGUUUUCUGUUUAACAAAACUUUUAUUAUUUUGCACUCAGAUUUGUAUUUAUUUAUUUUUUUUUUCAUUUAGUUUUCCCCAGACAGUACGUCUACUGUCCCUCAUCACCGACAUUAUGCCCUUGAGGUAGCUGAGAACACACAGCCAAUUAUUGAUCAUUGUAAAAUAAAAAGUUUGUCUGUUGGUAAGUUUGAUAAGCUACUUGAGAUAACUGGAUGCUGCACUCAGUCAUGUUCUCUCCAUAUCUAUAACCUCUUAUCUGAGCAGAUAAUAAUUUAGAUGUUUUUUUUCUCUGCCAAAUUGUACAGUCCAAUAACAGAGGAAUAUUUAAUUUUUAUAUUAUUAAUAGAAGGUUUUAACUGAAAAUAUUUAUUUUAACAGUUGGGGCAGCUGUCUGUGUUUCGGGUCAGAAUGCAGACCCAACCAUCAUAAACUGUGUCAUACGAGACUGUGAAAAUGUUGGCCUUUAUGUUACUGAUAAAGCAGAGGUAGGAGAUUUUCUUGAAAAGUAUUCAUGUGACCGUUAGCUAAAAUGAUUGAUUACAAAAUUAAAGGAAAGUAAACUUUCUGAAAUAUCAGUCUUAAGAUAUAACCUAAGUUGAAUAGUGAUGGUGAAUUCUGUGUUAUUUUUUUGCUUUCAGGGUGUCUAUGAAAACAAUGAGAUAAGUGGUAAUGCCUUAGCCGGUAUCUGGGUAAAAAACGGAGCCAAUCCAAUUAUGCGGAGUAACCACAUACAUCAUGGUCGAGAUGUAGGGGUUUUUACUUUUGAUAAUGGCUUGGUAAGUGAGAAAAAAUACUUGUACCAUAAUACAUCAGAUUUCAUUUUUUUUUCAAAUUAUUGGUGUACGAGUACUGGAAUACAGCAUUAAAUUUUUAAAUAAAAUGUAAAAUAAAUUUUGUUGAGCUGAAACCUACCUCCACUCAAAAAAUGGAUAUGUUUUCUCACCAGUCAUAUGUAUAUACAUAUCCUAAAUCCUAAAUAUCAUAUAUAUGAUAUCAAAACACUUAAUUUUGAUACAAAUUUUCCUUUGUAGCCAACAAGUGUUCAAAAUUGCAUACUUUUAUAAAAUAUUAUUUUAUUAUAUUGCUAUUUUGUCACCAAGCAGAGCAACUUUCAUUAUUGUAAUAUUUUGAGUAAAAUUAUUGUUGUUCCUUUUGGAGAAAAUAAAAAAAUUGUUUAAAAAAUUCUCCUUAGGGCUACUUUGAUAACUGUGAUAUUCACGAUAAUCGAAUUGCUGGCUUUGAGGUAAAAGCCGGUGCCAACCCAACAGUGAUACACUGUGAAGUGCACCAUGGUCAGACGGGUGGCAUUUAUGUCCAUGAGAAUGGGCGAGGUCAAUUUAUUGAAAACAAGAUACACUCAAACAAUUUUGCUGGUGUUUGGAUAACAUCCAACAGCGAUCCAACUAUAAGGUUUGUAUUUCAAAAUGGGUUUAGCCUGAAAGUUAUUUUUCUAAUAAAUAGUUAUUUAAGUCAUUGCUGGUGAUCUGUUUUGUUUAUGAAUGUUAAGAUUCUAUCGGUGCUUUUGAAAAAAUACAGUUUUUUAAAAAAUAUUUGGGUGUCAUCUGAGCUAUGGAGUGGGGCAACGUUUGGAAUUCUUUGGCUUAGCACUGGUUGUUGUUUUUUUUAAGCUCCACAAUGGAGUAAAAAGAUUGGCCAAUAUUAAAUGGACAUAAAGGGAGAGACUGCAAUCAGGUUAGAAAAAAAGCAAAUGAUUAAAACAAAGUAUGAUGGUAAAACCUGAAAAAAGGGAUGUAACAAAACAACGAUCGUGUCAGCAGGAAGCCUUCGCCAGCAAACAAAUAACAGAAUAAAAUGUUAAAAUAGCACUUACCUGAAACGUAGUAUCCGAGAGGGCUGCAAAAGAAGUGUGCCGCAAUUGAGUUUUAGCCUUGACUUGAGCUUUAUUUUGUUUAAAAUGAGGGAAAGCUGCUCAAUUUGACAUGGUUAAUAAUUGGAAGUAUGAAGUAAAAAUCCAAGCCAUUCUGCAUUUGGCAAAAUAUAAUUUGUUGUGGCCAUUAAUUGUUAUAAAUAAUAAAAAUCUUUAUAUUAAAUGAAUCUCUGGAAAAAAGCCUAUGACUCUACUCCCUAAGCACAAAUUUCCAGCUGUGUGUUCAAUAAUAUGUACAAUUACAACUAGGAAACUAAACUAAAGUUUAUAUCAUGUCAUUGCAACAAGAGAUUUCCAACAGCUUUUUCUUUUUAAAAAUCAAAACAGGAAAAAUGAAAUCUACAAUGGCCAACAAGGUGGUGUGUACAUAUUUGGUGAUGGCAGGGGCCUGAUAGAGCACAACAAUAUUUACGGUAAAAUGUUUUAUUUAUAUGUAUGCUCAUAUUUAAGCAGUAAACUAACAUUUUUUAUUUAUUUAAAUUUCUCUGGCAUUCAUUAUUUUUCUCUUAAUUUUAAUAUUUUCAGUAGGGAAUCAAAAUGCAUUUACAUUUUAUUUAGUAACAGUUGUUUAUUAACAGUUCCAUUAGUGCAAUAGAAACAAAUAAUAGGUUUUUCUGAAAGUGAUUUAAAUUAAACAUUUUUAUCUCCAGGUAAUGCAUUAGCUGGUAUACAGAUUCGUACAAACAGUAAUCCUAUAGUGAGGCACAACAAAAUACAUCAUGGACAACAUGGCGGUAUCUAUGUGGUAAGUUACUUUUAAAGCCAAAUAGCAUCAAGAUUUUUUUACUUGAGCAGUAAGCAAACUAAUCUUUUAAUAAUCUUAAUAUAUAAUCUAACAUAUUUAACUUACUCUGUGUAGUUAGUUGACAUUUCAUUGGUUUGUGCAUUUCAGCAUGAAAAAGGCAAGGGUCUCAUAGAGGAAAACGAAGUUUACUCAAACACAUUAGCUGGUGUUUGGAUCACUACAGGGAGCACCCCUGUAUUAAGGCGGAAUAGAAUUCAUAGUGGAAAACAGGUGAGUUCACCAAGCUGGCACCAUCUUUUGGAGUGAUUUCUUUUAUGAUGACUAUUGGCACAUUUAUUUAUUUUGCAGUAUCAUAACACUGUGUGGUUUGAAAAUAUACUGUUUUGAGUUAAGGUGACUAGAUAGCAUGAUACUUUUUCGAAUAUUUUUAUAAAUUCUAAACUAAUGUUAAUUACAAUCCUAUUCAAUAAAAUUGUUUAUAACUUUAAAAUCAUUUUAGAAUAUUGUUAACAUUGAUGAUAAUUUUAAUGCUUGUUUUUUUUUUUAAGGUUGGGGUCUAUUUUUAUGAUAAUGGUCAUGGGGUAUUGGAAGAUAAUGACAUCUUUAACCAUCUUUACUCUGGAGUCCAAAUAAGGUAUGGAAAGAUUUUAUAGAACCUCUAAUAGAAUUCGUUGUUACCAUUAACAAAUAACGUCAUGUAAUCCAGAUGACCAAGAAGUAGCUUAGAUAACAGUGAUCUCCCAUCAAAGCAGAUAGAAAGUUCCGGAGAUAGAGCAUCUAAUGUAUCCUCCCUCAGGAAACGUUGUUGUUUUAAUAGAUAAGCUGGGCAGAUAAAUCUAUGGGCACUUUCAGAAAAUUAACCUGCCCAAAGCUUCAUUCAAGUCUAAUGCCAAAUCUGUAACCAAAUCUCGCUUUGAAAAUUUUCAUCACUUAACUUAAAUUUUUUUCUUUUUUUUUUUUGCCCCCUGCUUUUGAUCCUUGAAUAAUCACUGUUUUCAUAGACCCUAAUGUUAGGGCAAAAGAAGCAGUUGGUUUAGUCAAAAAUUACCUGAGGGCCUGGUGACACUAAUUUGGGAUGGCAUUUUCUGUGUUCUUUUUAUAGCUUAUUUUAUGUGUGUUCUGUUUUCUUUUGAUGUAACCUGUCAUGUGAGAACAUGUACCCUGUGGAGCAGGAGAUUUUUAUUGAGAGUUCUUAAGCUGAUUUCAGAAAUAAAUGGCAUCAUUUUAUCAUUUUAAAUUAACUUGAUAGGUAAAUUUAUAAACGUUAAAUACCUACUUUUAGCUACAAUUUUUUAAAAAUUUCAAUCUGCAUCAAAAACACUUACAAUUUUAUUUAUACUUUCACUUUGUUUAUGCUCUGAACUAAUCAAAACUUUAUUUGUCAUGAAAUGUCACUUUCCGUGUCGUUUCAUUCUAGGACUGGCAGUAACCCAUUUAUUCGUAAGAAUAAAAUUUGGGGUGGCCAAAAUGGAGGAAUUUUAGUUUACAAUGGAGGUCUUGGAAUGAUUGAGAGCAAUGAAAUCUUUGACAAUGCAAUGGCUGGAAUCUGGAUUAAAACUGAUAGCAAUCCAGUAUUACGUUACAACAAAAUACAUGAUGGACGAGAUGGAGGGAUAUGUAUAUUUAAUGGAGGAAAAGGUAAAUCUAAUCUUUAAACAUUAAACAUUCUAAUUCAGGAAAAACUUAAAUGUUUGGUUGGGGUGGUUAACAAUUUUACUUUACAAUUUUUUUCAAAGUUAACUUUUAUGUUCACUCUUUGACAGGCCUUCUAGAGAACAAUGAGAUUUUCCGCAAUGCUCAAGCUGGUGUUUUAAUCAGCACACAGUCACAUCCCAUCUUGCGCCGCAACCGCAUCUUUGAUGGCCUGGCAGCUGGUGUAGAAAUAACAAAUAAUGCAUGUGCCACCUUAGAGGAGAAUAAAAUCUUUAACAAUAAAUUUGGUGGCUUAUGCUUAGCCACUGGUGUUGAGCCAAUUAUGAAAGGUAUGUUAUCUUUCUCACUCUUAAUAGCCGUGAGCCUCAGUAAUUGGAUUUAGAUUAACACAAUUUUUAUUUCUUUUUAAAGGAUCAGAUUCAUGAAAAAAUAAGUCUUUAGUUUUGUAAAGCAACACUUCUUUGUUAGUUAUCAAAAAGUGAAAAUUAAACAAAUUAUGAAUUGUAUUUAAAAAAAAAAUCCAAAUUUUAUUAAUUAGUGCAUACAUUGAUUUUUUAAAAAUUAUCUAAUUAUCAGGUUGCCAGGAAAAUUCCUUAUCUGCAUUUUCAUUCAUUUCAGACAAUGUCAUCUUUGGCAACCACAAUAUGGUAGACAGGGCAGUAAGUUCUGGGCAAUGUCUCUAUAAAAUCUCCAGCUACACCAGUUUUCCAAUGCAUAAAUUCUUCAGGUAAGUAAGUGUUCAUUAUUUAAUAGUUUUAAAAAAUCAGCACUUAAGAAAGCACUAAAUAAGAAAUUUAUUUUGGUCCGUCUAAAAAAUCAUAAAUUUUUUUUUUAAUUUAUUUUUUAGGUGCCGGACAUGCAACACAACAGAGCGGAAUGCCAUUUGUGUAAAUUGCAUUAACACUUGUCAUGCUGGUCAUGAUGUUGAGUUUAUUCGGCAUGAUAGAUUUUUUUGUGACUGUGGUGCAGGGACUCUAAGUAAACAUUGCCAAUUGCAAGGGGAGCCAACUCAAGAUACAGACACACUGUAUGAUUCUGCUGCCCCUAUGGAGUCUCAUACACUGAGGGUUAAUUAAUGCAUCAUGUAACCUAAAAUCUGUGCUUUCUUACAUUUAAGAAAAUUGCAUUAUUUAAAUGACAAGAUUCACAUUCAUGGAUUGAGCAAGUGUGCGUAUAAUAGGAAUGGUGCCAUAUAGAGGAUAUGCAUUACAUGGAAUUUGAAGAAGUAGUGUAUGCUUAGUGAAUCCUGAUCAUCUACAUUUGCUACUACAAUUUAACCUGGAAAAAUAACCUGGAAAGACAUUUGGAAGCAAGUUAUGAAACUGAAUAGAUCAUAUCAACAGCUUUGGACUAUUAGCUGAUGUGCAAGAAAAGAAAAUAUUUUUAACAAUCUUCAAAUUGUCACGUUCAGAACUUAAUUUUUCAAAAGUAUUAUUAUUUUAGCUGUGAAUUAUUUCAGUUGUUCACAAAUGACAUGUUUUUCAUUCAGAAUUAAGCGUGGUUUAUAAAAUACUUGGAAUCACCAGUAACUGCAUUUUGAUAGUUAUUGUUGAACAGUUAUAUUACUGUGAAGAGCAUUAUUGUAAUCUUCUAAUUGUUGGAGAUAGAAGAGGUUAAUAGUCGCUUGCAAGUGGAUGGGAGGUGGGCUUUGUGGGGAUGAAACUAAAUUAUUCAGCAUUUGUUUCAUGUGUCAUUUUCUCACUUGAUUAUCCAAUGCGUCCGAGCAGGAAUUCCAAUAUAUAAUAUAAUUGGUUUUUAUCAAGUAAAGUGAUUUAUUAAGUUUUAAUUGAUUAGGUUUGCAUCACCAUGCAUAUAUUUCAUAAGGUUGAAAUAAAGAAAAACAACCAACAAAACUGAAAUCAGACCUUUUAUUUAAAUGAAUUUGCUACUAACUGUGCUGCCUCUAAAUGCCAAGAACAUAGUGAGGCAGGCUUUAGUUCACUUCAUUAAGCCUCUACUUACUCUCUGCUGGCUACCUGUGACUGGAAUAUAUGAGAUGUCAAUUUGCCUCUAAAAAAUGCUGAAAACGAAUAUUUACAGAUGUAAUGAAAUAGUGUCACUAACCAAUUGAUAAGUGAUUUAGACUUUCAGGAGUUUGGUAGUUUCACUAUUAUGAUUACCUGCUUAUAUUCACA